AAAAGGAGGAACCUUUCACAUGGCGGCGGCCGCCGCGGCUUCAGUGACGUCACGGGCUUCCGGCAGGGAAGCGGCCAUGGCGGCCCGGGGAUGCCGGGGCUGAGACCCCCAGGAACCCCCCCAGGACCCCCCAUGGCCACGAGUCGCUCGGAGGACGAGGAGUCCCCCGGGGACUGUCCCCAAACGCCGCAGCUCCUCCAGGUUCAUCAAGAGGAAGAAGUUCGACGACGAGCUGGUUGAGAGCAGUCUGGCCAAGUCCUCGAGCCGUGCCAAGGGGGGCCCAGAGCCCCCCCCUCGGCCUGGCCCCGACCCCCCCCCCGGGGGACAGGAGGAAGGUGUCGAGGGCAGUGCCCCCCCCCGCGGCCCCCGGGCCCCCCCCCGGGCUGCCCAAGAGGCUCAAGAAGAGCAAGCAGAGCCCGGCGGUGCCGCGGGACCUGGGCCGCUGGAAACCCGCCGACGACCUGCUGCUCAUCAACGCCGUGCUGCAGACCAACGACCUCACCUCGGUUCACCUGGGGGUGAAGUUCAGCUGCCGCUUCACCCUGAGGGAGAUCCAGGAGCGCUGGUACGCGCUGCUCUACGACCCCGUCAUCUGCAAACUGGCCUGCCAGGCCAUGCGCUCGCUGCACCCCGAGGCCGUGGCCGCCGUGCAGAGCAAGGUCCUGUUCAGCAAAGCUGAGGAGCAGCUGCUCACCAGGGUCCCCUCGACCCCCCAGCCCUCCCUGGAGACCUUCCAGGACCUGCUGCUCCGACACCCCGAGGUGUUUUACCCUUCAAGGACCCCCAAGGCCCUGCAGCUGCACUGGCAGCUCCUGCGCCAGUACCACCUGCUGCAGGACCAGACAGUGCAGCCCCUGCCCAAGGGGGACCAAGUGCUGAACUUCUCGGACGCCGAGGAGAUGGUGGAUGACGGGAAACUCAGGGAUGUGCGGGACGAGGUGCUGGAACACGAGCUGACGGUGGCGGAUCGGCGGCAGAAACGGGAGAUCCGGCAGCUGGAGCAGGAGCUGCACAAGUGGCAGGUGCUGGUGGAUUCCAUCACAGGGAUGAGCUCCCCGGAUUUCGACAGCCAGACGCUGGCGGUGCUGCGGGGGCGGAUGGUGCGGUACCUGAUGCGCUCCCGAGAGAUCACCCUGGGCAGGGCCACCAAGGACAACCAGAUCGACGUGGACCUGGCGCUGGAGGGCCCGGCCUGGAAGAUCUCCCGCAAACAAGGGGUGAUCAAGCUGAAGAACAACGGCGACUUCUUCAUCGCCAACGAGGGCCGGCGCCCCAUUUACAUCGACGGCCGCCCCGUCCUGGGGGGCAACAAGUGGAAGCUCAACAACAACUCUGUGGUCGAGAUCGCCAGCCUGCGCUUCGUCUUCCUCAUCAACCAGGACCUCAUCGCCCUCAUCAAGGCCGAGGCGGCCAAGCUGGCCCAGCAGUGAGGGGGGUGAGGGGGGAUUGGGGUCCCAGUUGGCUCUUGGGGGGCCCCAGGCAGCCCCUCACCGGGGUAGUGAUGACUUUAUUGGAAGCAGUUUGGGAUGGGGGGGGUGCUGGGGGGUCCCAACCUCCCCCAAAGGUAUUGGGGUGCCCCUCCCCCUUUACCUGGCCCAGGUGAGUUGGGGGGGGAGACACAGAGACAACCCUCCCAACCCCCAUCCCUGAAUUCCUCCCCCCUCCCCAAAAAAAUUUUUAAAGCUCAACAUUUCA